AUGCAGCGGGAACGCGCCGAGAGGAGCCCCAAGAGGCUUCGAGCUGACGAUGCAUGCUCUGCAUCGCUGCCUCCAGUGGACGUGGACCAGCAGCAGCAGCAGCAACAACAGCAACAGCAACAGCAGCAGCAGCAGCAGCAAGGGGGUGCUGCAUCGGGGAGCGUUGCUACUCUUGGUGCUGCUACUCAGGGGGAGCUUGCUCCAGGUGUUCUUUCUUCUGUGCUGUCUCUGCAUGCACGUUUUCAUUGCGAUGUCUGUGGGGCUGAUAUAAGCGGCGCAUUUCGUAUACGCUGCGCGGAGUGCAAAGACUUUGACUUGUGUCUUUCUUGCUUCUGCAGCGGCCGCACCAACAGCAGCAGCAGCAGCAGCAGCAGCAAGCAGCAGCACAAGAACACCCACUCAUAUAUACCUGUGGGGCGCAACUUGUUCCCUGUCUUUAGCUUAGAUUGGACAGCAGAAGAAGAAAUGUUAUUAGUUGAAGGCGUCAGUAAGCAUGGGUUUGGCAAUUGGCUGGAAGUGGCGGAGUUGGUGUCGCAUGCAUCUUUGGAGCCGAAGACCCCUGAUCAAUGUGAACGACAUUAUUUGUCUUAUUAUUUAAAUUCACCUACUUCUCCUCUUCCUGAUUUGUCUGCACUUAUUCAAAACAAAGACGGAGGAGCACUCACACCAGAAGAGGUUAAAACAAUGCGAGAGGCGCAGCAACAAACAAAGACAGAACCAGAGCCUUCUGGGGGCACGAGCAGCCCCACACCAUUGGCGCGCAAAAGCCCCAAACCUUCGCACUCCAUCGUUGGCUAUUGGCCACUACGCGGCGACUUCGACGUUGAAUUCGAUAAUGACGCAGAACUCAUCUUAGCAGAUAUGGAGUUUAAGGACGGCGAAGCCGUGCAGGAGAGACAGCUGAAGCUGCAAAUUAUUGAAAUAUACAACUCCAAACUUGAUGAGCGCAUCUACAGAAAAAACACUAUCAUCAGCAGGGGUUUGUUGGAUGUUAAGUCAAUCCACAUGCGAGACAAGAAAAGAACAAAAGAAGAGAGAGACCUCCACAACCUCUUCAAGCCUUUGGCUCGCUUUCAAACAGAUGAACAGCAAGAACGUCUGGUGCAGCUGCUAAUAGAAGAACGCCGCAUCCGUAGCCGUCUUGCGCUGUUGCAUGAGUGGUGUAGUUUGGGGCUGAAGACAGCAAAAGAAGUAGAAGCGUAUGAGGAAGAGAAGGCAUGGAGAGAACAGCUGCGCACUCGUGCCCCGGACUUGUGUCUUUCAACAGCGCCACCAGGCACGAUUCAUGCAGCAGCAGCAGCAGCAGCAGCAACAGCAGCAGCAGCAGCAGCAGGUGCCUCCUCCGCAAAGUCUCAGCUCGCCACUGCUGCCAAAGGCAGAUCAAGCCAGAGGGGAGGCUCUGUCUCUGCAACUUCGGCUGCUACUCCGGGGCCCGGGGGCCCCCAAGGGGGGGCCCCUCCAACCCCUAUUAAGAAUUUCCCUGGGGCGAAACUCCUCAAGCCAGAGGAGCUAGCCUUCUGCGAGGGAGCGCAGCUGCCGCCUAUCUUUUAUUUGCUGGCGAAGCGCAUGUUGGUGCAUGAACUGUCUGUACACCGCAAGCUCGAAGGCAACACUUUAGAUAAACCAGUUGAACUCUUGGUGCAUAGAGUGGGUCAGCUGUAUGAUUUCCAUUUAAAUAUGUGGCAGUUUGCUUCAUCUCCUCAGAGUUUAGGGGGGCCCCCCGAGGCCCCCAAGGCGUUGAUGGGGGGCCCCCCUAUUGAGGGGGGGCAGCAGACUGUCUCUCUUGCUCAGGAAGGGGAAGGAGUGCCGCUUCCUCAGUUCUUACAACCUGGGGUGUAUAGGCAGCUCGGUAGCACUGCGGAUGAGCAGCUGCACGCUGCUGCUGCUGCUGCUGCUGCUGCUCCUGUUCACAUGGCUAGCAGCAGCACAGCAGCAGCUGCUGCUGCUGAGCAGCAGCAGUAG